AUGGCUGCGCCCUGUGGUAUGGCGUGUGAUCUGUUUCGUUUCCAAAGUCACAUAAAAUACGUGAUUAACCUUUACAAACAACAUAUUUUCUCGGCGUUUUCGAAAUAUAGAGGCCUUCACACGAUUUCAAGGCAUCACUGUGACGUGGAACUAUGCCGAUACCCUCCGUUGCUAUCGUUGCAGCGAAUAAUACGGACUCAACAGGUUCACCAAGAUCGUGAUGGCCCUACUCCACAAGCAAAGAGAUCGUAUCAAAGUAGUAAAAAAGAAGCUACGCGGCGGCGAUUGGUUUUAGGAAUUGAAACAAGUUGUGAUGAAACGGGCGCAGCUGUUGUCGACGAAUGUGGCUCGAUUGUCGGCGAGUGCUUGCACUCACAAAAAGAAAUACAUUCAAAAAAUGGUGGAAUUAUCCCGCCUGUUGCGCAAGCACUUCAUGAACAAUAUAUAGACCAUGUUGUACAAAAUGCAAUGGAUGCAGCAAACAUAAAAUGGACGGACUUGUCUGCAGUUGCCACGACGAUAAUGCCUGGGCUUGCUCUAAGUCUAUCUGUGGGAUUACAGUAUUCCAAAGAUGUAAUUAAAAAGACAGGUUUACCAUUUAUUCCAGUACAUCACAUGGAAGCUCAUGCUUUAACAAUCAGGAUGGUCGAGAGAGUAGAAUUCCCAUUCCUAGUGUUUCUAGUCUCUGGUGGUCAUUGUAUUAUUGCUGUAGCCAGAGAUCUUGGUAAUUAUCUUAUACUUGGACAGACUAAAGAUGAUGCCCCCGGUGAGGCAUAUGAUAAGAUAGCACGAAAACUGAAACUGAAUGAACACCCACAGUGCAUUGGUAUGAGUGGUGGGCAGGCAAUAGAACACCUUGCUCAGACUGGAGACAGAGAAGUAAUGAAAGCUUACACACCAAACUUACAGUCAAAGGACUGUACAUUUUCAUUCUCCGGUGUUAAGUCCAUGGUGAGCCAGUUUAUCAGCAAGGAAGAGAAAAUUCAAGAUGUCCAAGCAGCUCAGCUUAGUAACAUUAAUGACAUUGCAGCAGCAUUUCAGUUUAAAGUCACUCAUCAAUUGGUGAAAAAAAUAGCCAGAGCCAUGAUUUACUGCAAAGAGAAUAGCUUAAUUGAUACCUGUCACCAAACCAUGGUUCUGUCCGGUGGCGUCGCCAGCAAUGGAUACAUACGAAAUGCUAUGCAGUAUGUUUGUAAUGAAUAUGGUUAUAGAUUCUUGUGUCCACCACCAAAGCUGUGUACAGAUAAUGGUACUAUGAUUGCAUGGACUGGAAUGGAGCGACUAAAACGUAACAUUGGUAUUGCAAAUGAAGUACAGAAUAUCAGAUAUGAACCAAAGUACCCCCUGGGAGAAGACAUUUCUGAUCAGGUAAAAGCCGAGCAAAUUACAGUACCAAGUAUACAGUUCUGGAAGAAAUGUUAUUGAGAUAUGGGUGUCAAGUUUCUAGAGAACUUUACCUGUGAUCAGAAUCACACACAAAAAAGCAGUAUUCUGUUAAUGUGGAUUGAAAUAACAAAAUGUUCAAAAUCAGAUCAAACACUAAAGAGCACUUUCCAAAAAACAAAAAAUUGCUGUAUCGUAUUUUAAUAUGGCUCACGAAAGAUGUGUACCGUAUACCAGAUCAAAUAGUAGAUGUAGCAAUCAUGUGAGGUUUAAAGAGUUGAAUUAAAAUUUUAUUUGUAUCAUUCAGGUC